AGGAGCCGCAGGCCCCUGGUGCUCCAGACAUGGGGACCCCUUGGGCGCCCUGGCCGCUCCUCUGGGCUGUGCUGCUGCUGGGCUGGCGGCCAGGAUGGCUCCUAGAAACCACCCACCGGCCCUGGAGUCCCCUCACCUUCAACCCACCCCAGCUCACCGUGGCCGAGGGGGACACCGCCACCUUCACCUGCAGCCUCUCCCACAUGUCUGGGGGCUUUGUGCUCAACUGGUACCGCAUGAGCCCCAGCAACCAGACGGACAAGCUGGCCGCCUUCCCCGCGGACAGCACGGUGGCCCACAGGCACCGGCGCUUCCAGGUGACUCGGCUGCCCAGCGGGCGGGACUUCAGAAUGAGCGUCCUCACCGCCCAGCGCAACGACAGCGGCGUCUACCUUUGUGGGGCCAUCUACCUGUCCCCCACGAUGCAGAUCCUCCAGAGCCCCCGCGCAGAGCUCGUGGUGAUAGAGAGAACUCUGGAGCCGCCCACAGAGAGCCCGGGCCUUCCACCCAGACCCCCAGGCCAGGUACAGGGCCUGGUCAUCGGUGUCACGAGAGACCUGAUGAGCAUCCUGCUGCUUCUGCUGCUGGUCUGGGUCCUAGUCACCAACUUCCCCAGGGCCACACGAGGUGCUGCUCCUGCUGCGAGCUGCCCUAUGGAGAGCGAACGCGGGAGGCCUCCAGCCAACAGCCACGGAGAAACUGAGGUCCUCUAACUGACAUCCCCUGACACCAGCCACAGGAACGAGCCUGGGAGCAGACCCUCCUGCUGUGUGUGGAGCAGCUCUGUCCCUGCAAAUUCACAGGCUGGAACCUGUGCCCAUGUGGUGCAUUAGGAAGCAGGGCUGUUGGAGGGUGUUCAUCCGCGAAGGUGGAGGCCUCGUGAAGGAACAAAAUC